AUGAAACAAAAAAUUAUAUCACUUUUAAAAAUUAAAAUUACUGCGUUCAUCUUUUUAACUUGGAUAUUCAGUUUUAACAAUGAUAUAAGUAAGAUUAACAAAAUUCUGGAUGAGAUAUACAUCAAUAAUAGAAAAUUAGAUACAAGAUCUUAUCGAUUACUAGAAAAAUGUAAACAAAAUAAAGUUUCGAAUGCUACAUGGUUAAAACAAAAGAUACCUUAUAAUGGAGUUAUCAAGGAGAAUGCCAUAUAUAAUAAUGUAGAGGGGGGAAUAGGAAAAAGGGAGCAAUCAAAUAGAAGUUCAUUAAAUAAUGUUGUAGGCCACAAACAAGAUAUUAAAAAUAAUUCUUGUAUAUUUGAAAAAAAAAAAUGUUCCUUUUUCGAAAAAAAAAUAUUCAAAGAAAUUGAUUUUAUAGAUUUUCUUAAAAAUAACAGAACAAUUAGUAAUAAUACUUACAAAAAAGUAAUACGUAAGAAAUACGGAUUACGAAUUGCUACACCUGUAUUAUUUUUCUUGUUGCUGUUAAUAUUAAUGAUAAUAGAUAUAUCAUUAGGUUUGUCAUUUGAAAAGAGUUUGCUGAUAUCAUUGGUUAAUUGGAAUCAAUCAGUACUAUCAUCAGAUUGGUUCACAAAAAUUUAUAACUGGGUGAAAGACGCAGAUUGGUUCUGGAAGUCUCCAUUUUGGGAAGUAACUACGUCAUCAACGGAUGUUGCUAAGAAAAAUGGAUUGUUAGGGCGUUUAAUUGGUGUUCCAUUAUAUUUCCUUCCUUUCCUUAUAUUAGGUGUUACACUUAUAAUAGCACUCAUUUAUUACCAUAAGAAAGUUAAAAAAUAUGAAAAAAUUAAAUUCAAGAAAAGGUAA